UCCUGUGAUCCACAAUUUUAAAAAUAUUGUCCUUCUCAGUAAUGGCGGCUUCCUUCCCUUCUCCUUCUGCAAUAAACAACAACAAAUGGUACUUCACCCGAGAACAGAUCGAGAAUAGCCCGUCUCGCCGUGCGGGGCUUGAUCCAGACAAAGAAUUGUCCUACAGACAACAAGCUGCGAACCUUCUACAGGACAUGGGACAACGACUCAAUGUGUCCCAGCUAACAAUUAAUACUGCCAUUGUGUAUAUGCACCGAUUCUACAUGAUCCAGUCGUUCACCAGGUUCCACAGAAAUGUCAUAGCUCCAGCAACACUAUUCCUGGCUGCAAAGGUUGAGGAGCAGCCCCGCAAGUUGGAGCAUGUUAUCAAGGUGACCCAUGCAUGCCUCAAUCCUCAGGACCCUUCACCAGAUGUCCGCAGUGAUGCUUACCUGCAACAAGCCCAAGACCUGGUCAUUCUUGAGAGCAUUAUACUCCAGACCCUGGCCUUUGAAAUCACCAUUGACCACCCACAUACUCAUGUUGUCAAGUGCACCCAGCUAGUCAGAGUUGUUCCAGCGAGUAAGGAUUUGGCCCAGACGUCAUACUUCAUGGCUACCAACAGUCUACACCUGACCACAUUCUGCCUGCAACACAGCCCGCCCAUCGUAGCCUGCGUUUGCAUCCACCUGGCCUGCAAGUGGUCCAACUGGGAGAUCCCAGUCUCUACAGACAGCAAGCACUGGUGGGAGUAUGUGGACAAUACUGUCACCCUCGAGCUGCUGGAUGAGCUCACCCACGAGUUCCUGCAGAUCUUGGAGAAGACACCAAGCCGAUUAAAACGCAUUCGCAACUGGAAAGCGGCAGGUCAGACAGUGAAGGGGGGGAAGUCCAAGGUGCCAGAAGACGGCGAUCAGACAGAUGGCAUGAUGAGCAUGGUCUCCAUGUCGUCAUCUGAGACCACGCUGGGUGGCCUGAUGAGCCUCUCCAACCCUCUCUCUUCAUCUUCCUCCUCCAUGGCUCCUAUACUACUGGAGCUCAAGUCGACACUUGGCAGUGGUUCCGACCAGCCCAGCCACGCCGAGCUGCACGCCCCGGCCAAGGUGUCACUGAGCGAGUACCGGGCCAAGCACGCUGACGUCCUGGCUGCUCAGAAGAGGAAGCUGGAGAACAUGGAGGCCAGCGUGAAGAGGGAGUACGCCACGGCAGCUCAGGCUCUGAUAGGCCAGCAGCAGAGGAAGGAGAAGCACCAUCGUGACCAGCAGCAAUCCAGCUCCCACCAUUCCAGCUCGGCCUCCUCUGACCUCAGCAGCCCCUCGCCCAUCAUCCUCAAGAUCCCCCUGGAAAAGGAGAGGGGCGAGCGCAGCUCCCUGAAGAUGCGCCUCCCUCUGGGGUCUGGGGGAGGCGGGGGGCAUAGUGGAGGAGGUAACAGAGGAGCAGGAGGAGAAAAGGACAUCAAAGUGAGAAUUCGGGUGCCUGAGAAAGUACGCAGUGGAGGCUCGGGAGAGGAGGGGGGCAAGACUAGAGAGGGAAAGCACCGAGAACGUUCCAACCACCAUCAUCAUCACCACCACCACCAUCAUUCAUCGUCAUCUUUUAGCGGUGCUUCUGUCUCUUCGUCCUCGUCACAUAAACACUCAGCCAGUGCUGCUGGAGCUGUAGGAGGAAGCAGCAGCAAAAAAGCCCCCAGUGACUCGUCUAGAAUGAGCUCCUCUUCCUCUGUGUCUCGAAAGAGGACACAUUCCACAGAGUCCCAGGGCUCCCACUCGUCCAAAGUCUCUAAGUCCUCCAGGAACUCAGCUCACCAGCUGCCUGCUCUUUUAGCUGCCUCUGGAGCACACUCCCUGGGGGCACACCCCACUGAUAUCCUCCCCUCCCUGGGUCUCCCCUCCCUCCACCAGGGCAACUACUCUCACUCCAAGGGGGACAAGCCGGACACUAACGGACACAAUGCAGGUGUUGGCAGCCAGUCGAAUGAGUAUCAGGACACGUUUGAAAUGCUGAACUCUUUACUGAGUGCUCAGGGGGUGCAGCCUGUCCAGCCUCCCAUGUUUGAUUGCCGGUCUCAGUACGUGGAGUACAGAUACAGCGGCGGGUCUAGGGGGGGAUCUCGACCACCACCUCUGCCUGCUGAACCUCCACCUCCGCUACCCCCUCUACCCAAGUGAUCCCUGAUGAAGGGGUGAAUUACUGACAGUGUACCUGUAGACGCAUCCAACCAUGUUACAUAAGAUAUUUGCUCUGUGAAUUUUGUCCCUUUUAUGUGUUUGUAUGGAUCAUGUUGUGGUUUUCAACUUGACAGCAAAGAAAUGUACCAAUACAUACUUUUCAGUGAUGUAGGUGCUGAAGUGUGUCCCUCGUCACAUCAUAUUCAAUACAUCUGUGGGGCAAUAACAGGAGGUGUGAAAGAAAAGCUUGCAAAAAAUUUGAAACGAACAAAAUUAAUUUAUUCACAAUGUAAAUACUUUAUCAUGAUAUGAACUCAAAUCAAAUUUUAUGGAAUGGCGGGCAUAAUAUUUGAGCCAUAGCUGUUUUUAAAAGAAAGUCAAACGUUACAUGUUUGAAUGCCUAUUAGAGGAAACAAACUUGUUUGCUUCACUUACUACAUUUUAAAGUCUUGUUAACAAUGAGUCUUUUCCAGAAUGUUUUUGAAAUAUACUAUUUAUUAUUAGUAUUGAAUGCUUUUGAGGAAGUUUAAAAAAUAUAUAUAUAUAUAUAAAUAACUGCCCCUUUCUGCUGUGUUAAACUGAAGGAUAGUUGAGUGCUCCUUACACAGGCCUAUUUCAGAAUGCAUGUCUUCAAAGCCAUCGUUUUCAACAUUUUGUUUGUUUCAAAAUACUGUAGUCACUGAGGUUUUUGUCUCCGUUUUGUCAAUACAUUUGUUUUGUAAUCUCUGCAUUAUUUUGUGAACAAUUGUUUAAUAUGAAUAAUGUAAAUUGGUAAAAGUAGACAAAUAUUUUGUACAUUUAUUAAGAAAAAAGUUGCUAAAAAUCCUGUAGAUUGAUACGGCUUAUAUUUUAGUUCCUAGAUUUGUGUGUUGCAGUCAUUGUUUUAAAUGGUUGUAAAAUGUUAGCAGUCAAAUGCUUACACUAACAUUCAGAGUUUAUACUACAGUACAUGCACUGCAUGGCCAAAAGUAUGUAGACACUCAUUCAAAUUAGUGGAUUUAGCUGUUUCAGCUGUACCCGUUGCUGACGGGUGUAUAAAAUUAAGCACACAGCCAUGCAAUCUCCAUAUACAAACAUAAGCAGUAGACUGGGCCUUACUGAAGAGCACAGUGACUUUAAACGUGGCACUGUAAUAGGCUGCCACCUUUCCAAAAUGUCAGUUUGUAAGUGAUGUUAUUGUGACGUAGAAACAUCUAGGAGCAAGAACUGCUCACCUGUGAAGUGGUAUGACACACAAGCUAAUAAAACUGGACCAUCGAGUGCUGUAGCAGGUAAAAUUGUCUGUACUCGGUUGCAACUCUUAUCUCCGAGAUUCAAACUGCCUCUGGAAGCAACGUUAGCACAAGUGUUUGUUGGGAGCUUCAUGAAAUGGGUUUCCAUGGCCAAGCAGCCGCACAUAAGCCUAAGAUCACCAUGUGCAAUGCCAAGUGUCGGCUGGAGUGGUGUAAAGCUCGCCGCCAUUGGACUCUGGAACAGUGGAAACGCAUUCUCUGGAGUGAUGAAUCACGCUGCACCAUCUGGCAGACCAACAGACAAAUCUGGGUUUGGCAGAUACCAGAAGAACGCUACCUGCCUGAAUGCAUAGUACCAACUGUAAAUUUUGUUGGAGGAGCAAUAAUGGUCUGGGGCUGUUUUUAUGGUUGGGGCUUGGACCCUUAAUUCCAGUGAAGGGAAAUUUUAACGCUACAGCAUACAAUGGCAUUCUAGACUGUUCUGUGCAUCAAACCUUGUGGCAACAGAUUGGGGAAGGUCCUUACUUGUUUCAGCAUGACAAUGCCACCGUGUACAAAGCGAGGUCCAUACAGAAAUGGUUUUCGAGAUCGGUGUAGAAGAACUUGACUGGCUUGCACAGAGCCCUGACUUCAACUCCCAUCAAACAGCUUUGGGAUGAAUUGGAAGGCCGAUUGGGAGCCAGGCCUCAUCGCCCAACAGUGCUCGGCCUCACUAAUGCUCUUGUGGCUGAAUGGAAGCAAGUCCCCGUAGCAAUGUUCCAGCAUCUAGUGGAAAGCUUUCCCAGAAGAGUGGAGGCUGUCAUAGCAGGAAAGGGUGGACCAACUCCAUAUUAAUGGCCAUGAUUUUGGAAUGAGAUGUUUGACAAGCAGGUGUCCACAUACUUUUGGCCAUGUGGUGUAUCGACAUAUUCAUAUACAAACCACAGCAGUGUCAAUCAUUUUGAUAAUGGACUGAUUGUCUUUUUUAGUGUUUUGAACAGAAUUAAGUGUUACUUUUACUGUUUUAACAGUAACUGAAGUCUUCACUUAAUUUAAUUAAAUUGAAAUUCCCUUUUUGGGCGAUUUUAGUAAGGGGCAUAUUCUUUUGUCUAUAUUAUUUAGAUAAUACAGCAAUUUUUUUCUGGUUUGUUUAUGGCGAUUACACAUGCUUAACUGAGAGACUAGAGGAUUUAACAACAAAAAAAUCCCUCCUACCACUGUCAACCAUCCUUGUCAGGGAUGAAUUUCUGUGUAAAGGACUUGUUCAAUUAAGAUAAUAAUCAUCCCCUUUGUGUCCAGUUAUGCUGUUUGUCAUGUUUAUUGGUCAUAAACUGGUAUUCUCUCAUUUAAUCAUGUGUUGGGAAUCAUCUUUAAGAUUAUGUGAUAGUGGAAAUGAAGUGGGCUGUAACUUAGCUCUGACAUGUUUGACAUUUUAUCAGAACUCUCUUGGUCCAAUAAGCUGCCAAUGGACAGAUUCAUUUUUUGGAGAUCAUGUAACACAGCUGUAGCAUACUGAUUUGAUCAUGUUGUGUUCUUGCUGUUUGUUUUUGUAUAUAAAGGAAAGAGUUAUCAUUA